AUGGACGGACUGCUGGGGGUGCGACCCGGGGACAACACCUCGGAGGCCAUCGCUUUCGUUGGAAGGGGUGCAACCGGCGCCAGUCUGUUCCGGCGGCUGACGGGCCAGGAGCCGGGAGCAGAAGCUCCCGUUCGCGGUCCUUCUGCCUGGGGGCAGCCAGGCAGCACGAGAGUGCGUGUUGUAUUGGAGCAGACACUGACGGCAGGCAAUGGAGGGAUUGCUUGGAACAUCUGUCAGGUGUUUGAGUCUUAG